UUAUUCACUGUUGUUCACUGUAAUCGUAAGUAGGUCUGCCAACUUUCGUGUUAAAAAUUUGACGAAAGUGGAUGCCAGAAGAGUGGUAGUGUGGACCGUUUAAUGAAAGGUUGUAAUGGUAGUAGAUAAAUAUAAAUUAAAAUAAAACUAUUACCGUUUGCUUUUAAAUCACUUUUGCGGAAAUGUUUUGUAUGAUAAUGUCAGCGGUCAUGUGUGGAUCCGCUUAUAAACUGCUGAAUUGAGGUUAACGUUGGUCGUUUAUCACAGCGAUUUGUGUUUAUGGCUUGUAAUGAAGCAUGUGAUCAAACUAUAAAGCCUGAAGUUGAAAUAGGUAUGCGUCAGAAGCACUCAAAACGUAAACAUUUUAGGAAAAAUAAAAGGGAGUGUAAUACAUGGCCUACAUCUCAUGCGCUUCCCCAACCAUUUGGCGAUUCGUCACAAUAUAAUUGGUUUUGGGAGAACUACUAUAACGCUUUAGAAUGGCAAGAACGGCAUCAAGUCGCAUAUUGGAAAUCACGGUCAAUUGCACUCGAGUACGAGAAUACUCUUUUGCACCAAUACUUACAAAGCCUUGUAUGCAAUGAUGAAAAUCCGGGUUAUUUUACAAUACAGAAACGUGUUCCAAAAAUUCCCAAAAGCCAUAGUGUUUCUUCUCCAAAAGGAAAAAAACGUAACAUGAAGCAGCAAGCCACUCCUAAUGGCAACAGUAAACAGCAAGAGGAAAAAGAGGAUUCAAAUCAAGAUGAAUUUGAAUUUCAAGUAACAGAAGAAAUGAUGGACUUCUUUGAGCAAAGCAUUCGACAUAAAAUUGAACUCAAGGAGCAACGUGAAGCAGAAAGGAAGAAAGCUGAAAAGGAGAAAGGUUUUGAUGAUUCAGUAUUGACUCCACGAAAACAAAUUGGACUUCAGAGAACUGAGGAAAUGAAACUGAUGUAUGGUGAAGCCGCACCGAUGAUUUUAGGAAUGGAAACUGCCAUGCAACUUAGUUUCGAUCGAAAUUGUGAUUUGAAGCAACCAAAACUUUGGCCAAAUAUCCCUCUCAAGUUGUGAUAGUGGUUAGUCAUUAUGAACAUGAAAUAAAAGUGACUUGAGUUUUUAUAUCUAUAUACAUGUAAAUCUACAUUGUAUGGAUCAGCUGUGCCCCUUUAAUAUGUAAAUAAAUGCAUUUGGUGCUCUGUUUUCUC